CGGGUUUGCAGUUGACAAGUACGGGACAGUUCUAUCUUUCGAAGAUGUUUGGAUGAUGGAGAAUGGGUUACAGCCAAGAUGCGGUUUUGAUCGGUUAUUGGCUUCAAGGGAAGCUGUUGUGGAUCUGAGCAAAGGGUUUCUGGUGAAAAAGUUGCAAACAAAGCCCUUGAGGAGAGGCAUUGGGCUUGAGGGUAUGUUGAGAGACCGAGACGGAGAAGAAGAGAAUGAAGAAUUUGAAAUUAGAGUUGGUGCUGGGUCAGUGCUUCUUUUCCCAAGUGAAAAAGCAGUGAGGAUUGAAGCUCUGAAAAGUGUUGAAGUGAGGAAUUUGGUAGUGUUGGAUGGGACUUGGAGUAAAGCUAAGAGAAUGUACAAAGAGAACCCAUGGCUGAAGCUGCUGCCACAUGUGAAGCUUGAUGUGUUGGAUGGGAUGAGCAGCUUGUAUGGUGAAGUGAGGCAUCAACCAAAGGAGGGAUGCUUCUCCACCAUUGAGAGCAUUGUGUAUGCACUCAAGGCUCUGGGCGAAGAAGAUGAUGAAAAUUCAAAAGGCGGCUUGGAUGAUCUUCUUGAUGUUUUUGUGUCCAUGGUUGCAGAUCAAAGGCGAUGCAAAGAUGAGAGAUUGCGCCAAGCCAACCAAACAAACUUCUUAUAGCUAUCCUCCCUCCCCUUCCUUUCUCUGUGUUCCUAUCCUUCCAGCGUUUAUAGUGCUGCUGCAUCAAGUUUCUUUCUUUCCUUCUUUCUUUUAGCCUUUUAGGUUACAUUCUUCCAUGUUCCUACUUCAAUGAAUCAGUUCAUUCAAAAACAUUGUUUUUAGUUACUUCCUCGACCAUUUAACUAAUACUCCGUAGGAGUUUUGACACAAAUAUUACCCAAAAAAAGGUAAUAGGCAAAAAAAGUGACCUCUUUUCUUAAUUUUCAAAAAUGUGACCAAGGGCAUUCUUUACUAAUUUAUCCUUCCUAAGUUUUGAGCACCAUACCAAUGCAGCUCAAGACCUUUGCGAUGCACUCUAUUGACUAAUGUUUUUUUUAUUUAAUAUUCUUUCGAUGCACCCAGUAACAGACUAUAAGUCUAUAAAACUAUUUUAAUAUUGUAAUAUUAUUUCUGAAAAUAAA